CUAGCUAGCCCAUCACCAAACAUACGUGAGCGAGUCGAUCAUCGAGCAUGGCGUCUCCAGCGGUUCCCCGCAUGAAGCUGGGCUCCCAGGGAAUGGAGGUCUCGGCGCAGGGCCUCGGCUGCAUGGGCGUGUCCGUCGCCUACGGUCCGCCCAAGCCCGACGCCGACAUGGUGGCCCUCAUCCACCACGCCGUCGCCGCCGGCGUCACCUUCCUCGACACCGCCGACGUCUACGGCCCGCACACCAACGAGAUCCUCCUCGGCAAGGCGCUGCAAGGCGGCGGCGUGAGGGAGAAGGUGGAUCUGGCCACCAAGUUCGGCGGCUUCUUGGGAGAGGAUGGGUGGAGUGUCCGCGGGGACCCGGCGUACGUGCGUGAGGCGUGCGAGGGCAGCCUCAAGCGGCUCGGCGUCGACUGCAUCGAUCUCUACUGCCAGCACCGCGUAGACACCAGGGUGCCCAUCGAGGUCAUGAUUGGUGAGCUCAAGAAACUAGUCGAAGAAGGAAAGAUAAAGUACAUCGGAUUAUCCGAAGCAUCUGCAUCAACGAUCAGAAGGGCGCAUGCCGUUCAUCCUAUCACUUCAGUUCAGAUCGAAUGGUCACUAUGGAGUAGGGACGUGGAAGAGGACAUAAUUCCAACUUGCAGAUGUUGUGCAAAAACCACCUAUAUAUUUCGUUUAUUGAAAAUCAUGAAGCUUAAUUAUCAAAAUGAUUUUUUUCUUGACAAUUUCAGAGAACUUGGAAUUGGAAUCGUGUGUUACAGCCCACUUGGUAGAGGGUUCUUCUCUGUAGGAUCGAAAUUGGCUGACUCACUAUCAGACGACGACUUCCGCAAGAUUUCAGCCAAAGAAUCUUGAGAAGAAUGCCCUGAUAUUUGAGAGUGUUAACGCAAUGGCAACAAGAAAAGGGUGCACACCAUCACAACUUGCAUUGGCAUGGGUUCAUCAUCAGGGGAGCGAUGUUUGCCCCAUACCGGGCACGACA